AUGUCACAAUCUAAUUCACAUAGUUCAUCACCUCAAUCACUUGUUUGUUGGUACAAAGAAGUUUCUAAAUUACAUGUUAGUCAACUAUUUAAAAAUAUAGGCAAUUUGAAAUUUUUUUCUUUUAGUUUGAUGGGUGAUAAAUCAAAACAUAAUGAACAAAAAGUUUUUGUUAGUUGUAUAAUGUAUUGGAACUUAUUAACAAACUUACCAGAUACAUGUCUUCUUGAAAUAAAAGAUUUAUUACAUUGCAAUGGAGAUACCAUUGCUCAAGCUUUUACAGAUAUAUAUGUUCAAUUUGGACUUGAUUUAUCAAAAUGUUUUUAUAUGCUUUUCAGAUAA